GAGGUGAAACACAUCGGCUUCACCAGACACAGAUUUGACUUGUCCCGGAGUCAGUCUACUGGUUUGACUGGUUAGUCUCUCCUUCUCUAGAGUUUCUGCACCAACUCUGGAUUAUCAUCAUCCUCAUCAUCAUCAACACCACCAUCAUCAUCAUCAUCAGCAUCACCACCAUUAUAAUGGACUUCAACAGCACUGAGUCCUGGCUUUUUAUCAACACCUCAUUUCCCAUCCUGCCUGUAAUAGCCAGUAACAGAAGUGGCAUGGAAGCAUAUCUUCAAAGACUGGCUCAUUUAGACGAGGGGCUCUUCAAGGACUUUUAUGGCCUUUGGAUUACACUGAUGGUCACAAACUCUCUUAUAUUCCUGGUGGGCAUGGUGCUCAAUGUAGUCGCACUUUAUGUUUUCUGUUUCCGCACCAAGCACCAGACCACCUCGGUGAUCUACACCAUCAACUUGGCGGUGACGGACCUCUUGGUGAAUCUCUCUCUGCCGACUCGCAUCAUGCUGUACUACAGCGGAGGAACUUGUCUCACCUGCUCCUACCUGCACAUCUUCAGCUACUUUGUCAACAUGUACUGCAGCAUCUUGUUUCUGACCUGCAUAUGUGUCGACCGUUACCUCGCCAUCGUGCAGGUUGAAGCGUCCCGUCGGUGGAGGAACUCCAGUGUGGCCAAAUGUGUGUGUGUCACUGUCUGGCUGUUUGCCAUCGUGGUCACCUACUCCUUCCUGUCCACUGCUUUCCAGCACCCGGGCUGCUGCCUCUCAAAACUCCUCUUUCUUACCAUCACCGAGUUCUUCCUACCCCUCAUCAUCAUUAUGGUCUUCACGUUGCGGAUUAUGUGGGCACUAGCCGACCCCCGCCUCAUGCAGCAGAGCAGGGAUAGGAGAAGGAGGGCAGUCCAGCUGCUGACCACAGUGCUGAUCAUCUUCACUGUCUGCUUCACACCCUUCCACAUCAGACAGGUGGUUGUGUACUUCCACCCUGAAAUGCCUCAUCAUGUGAUCGCCUACCACUUGACCGUCACUCUCAGCAGUUUGAACAGCUGCAUGGAUCCUGUCGUCUACUGCUUCGUUACAAAUAAUUUCAAGGCCACCAUGAGAAAUAUUUUCCGGCGUGCAGAGCCUGAGCCGACUAGUGGCGACAUCAUCAGCAUGCAGCACAGCUCCAAUAAGGCCUCAGGAGGGAAAGCAACCGCCAGCGCUAAUAAUAUGAUCAUGAUGACCAACAUCCCCACUUCACUGGAGAGAGAUGAUCUGGAGAAGAACAACACACUGUAAAUCCUCUUUCAGAUGGGGUGAAGAGAACCGAGAUUCACUGAGAUGUCACAGUCGCCUGGGGAAAGGACUCCGUAACGUGCCAACCAGUGAUGUAAUGGCACAGUGCUAACAGCUCAGGAUCAACAACCGACGCUGUCGUUAAUAAAUAUGAUAAUAAUAGACCAACCAAUUCAGCUCGGACCUAAAACCUUUUAUAUACUACUUGAAUUAAUUACAACAUUGACAAGAGACAAAUUUAGUCUGCAAUAAACAUUAUCAUCCUGUCAAGAAACCUUCCCACAACUUUGGAUCUUUGACUUUUCAACUGUGAGACAAUCUCACUCACUGCUAGACGAGUUCGCUGCCAAAUUCAAACAAUACAACAGAAUACAAAGCUGACUUGUAUUAUUACUUGAAUCAUAUAAGUGACACAAUACCACGGUAGCUUCCAAAAUUCUAUACUAACAUGCUAUUUAGUACGCUAAAACAGCAUGUGAGAUUUUUUUGUAUGUACGAAACCAUAUGAAACCAACAGUACGCGAAAUGCAUACUAUGUCCGGUGAAAUAUUACAGUAUGCAACGCUGGACACUACAGCAGCGAGAUACAUACUACUGUUUAUUCACACAAAAGUAUGUUGAACGAUAGUACACAUAUUGAGUAUGUAGUGCAUAAUAUGCAAUUUCGGACAAAGCCCAAGUCUCAUUUAAAAGAGAUCUUCCAUCUUCCACAUUCUAAUAUUAGAUAUUUUACCUUUAAAGUGCCCAAAUACACUUCCCUAAAUCAAUUCAUUUUUAAAAACU